GAGUCAUUGUAUACACGCCUUCUCCACUGCAAACAGUUUCGGUUUCUAAUGAAAGCACGGUCCUCAUCAUUCACCCAUAAUCAGGAAAAUUUUGCCACGAUAAUACCUGUAGAAACGCUAGUUGCGUUUGAAAAAAUCCAAGGAGCAAGAGCCAAUAUUUGUCAUUCCUUGAGAAUCUGGGGGAGACUCCAUUUACCAGAAACUUGACGAUAGUGAAGUGCUGGUCAUAAUUUUAGAAAGACGACUCCUUGGCUUUUUAUAAAGAUCGCCCUAGGCCGUGGCCUGAGAGCUGAGAGCCAGUUGGAUUGACAGAGAAGUUAUGGAAGCAGCUGGGGAAGAGGAAAUCAGUGUUGAAGAAGAAGCUGUGGAUAAAAAUGUUUUCAGAGACUGCAGCAAGAUUGCUUUCUACAGGCGUCAAAAACAGCUCUCCAAGAAUUCUACCUAUCGGGCAUUAUUAGACUCAGUCACAACAGAAAAAGACAGCACCAGGUUCCAAAUCAUUAAUGAAGCAACUAAGGUUCCUCUUUUGGCUGAAGUUUAUGGUAUAGAGAAAAACAUUUUCAGACUUAAAAUCAAUGAAGAAACUCCACUGAAACCCAGGUAUGAAGUUCCUGACGUCCUCAUCAGCAAGCCAAAGACUGUAAGGCUGAUUUCGUGCUCAGGGGAUAAAGGCAGUCUGAUAUUGGAAGAUGGAAAAGGAGAUCUGAAGUGUCAUAUCACAGAAAACCCAUUCAAGAUAGACUUGGUAUCUGAAAAAGAGGUUGUGAUGAGCAUAAAUUCCCAGGGCAAAUUAUUCUUUGAGCACCUACAGAUUCCUCCCAAACAAAGAACUACCAAAGAAAAUGAGGAGAGUGCAUCAAUCAACACCUCUCAGGAAAAUCAAGAGGAUCUAGGCCUUUGGGAAGAGAAAUUUGGAAGUUUUGUGGAUGUCAAAGCUAAUGGUCCUACCUCCGUUGGUUUGGAUUUCUCCUUACAUGGAUUUGAACAUCUCUAUGGGAUCCCACAACAUGCAGAAUCUCACCAACUUAAAAAUACUGGGGAUGGAGAUGCCUACCGUCUUUAUAACCUGGAUGUCUAUGGAUAUAAAAUACAUGACAAAAUGGGCAUUUAUGGCUCAGUGCCUUAUCUCUUGGCCCACAAACUGGGCAGGACUAUAGGCAUUUUCUGGCUGAAUGCCUCAGAAACACUAGUGGAGAUCAAUACACAACCUUCAGUAGAGUAUACAUGGACACAGGUGGGCCCAGCUGCUGCUAAACAAAAGGUCAUAUCUCGAACUGAUGUGUGCUGGAUAUCAGAGAGUGGAAUCAUUGAUGUUUUUCUGCUGACAGGACCUACACCUUCUGAUGUCUUUAAGCAGUACUCCUACCUUACAGGUACACAAGCCAUGCCCCCUUUGUUCUCCUUGGGGUAUCACCAGUGCCGCUGGAACUAUGAAGAUGAGCAAGAUGUAAAGGCAGUGGAUGCAGGAUUUGAUGAACAUGAUAUUCCUUAUGAUGUCAUAUGGCUGGACAUAGAGCACACUGAGGGCAAGAGGUACUUCACCUGGGAUAAAAAAAGAUUUGCAAACCCCAAAAGGAUGCAAGAGCUGCUCGGGAGCAAAAAACGUAAGCUUGUGGUCAUCAGUGACCCCCACAUCAAGAUUGAUCCUGACUACUCAGUUUACACUAAGGCCAAAGAACAGGGCUUUUUUGUGAGAAAUCGUGAAGGGAGUGACUUUGAAGGAGUAUGCUGGCCUGGUCUCUCUUCUUACCUGGAUUUCACCAAUUCCAAGGUCAGAGAAUGGUAUUCGGGUCUUUUUGCUUUCCCGGCUUAUCAGGGAUCUACAGAUAUCCUUUUCAUAUGGAAUGACAUGAAUGAACCCUCAGUCUUUAGAGGGCCUGAGCUAACAUUGCAAAAGAAUGCCAUUCAUCAUGGCAACUGGGAGCACAGAGAACUUCACAACAUCUAUGGUUUUUAUCAGCAAAUGGCUACUGCAGAGGGACUGAUACAGCGAUCUAAAGGGAAGGAGAGACCCUUUGUUCUUUCACGUUCUUUCUUCGCUGGGUCACAAAAGUAUGGUGCAGUGUGGACUGGUGACAACACAGCAGAAUGGAGUUACCUGAAAAUUUCUAUCCCCAUGUUACUAACUCUCAGCAUUACUGGGAUCUCUUUUUGUGGAGCUGAUGUGGGUGGCUUCAUUGGGAAUCCAGAUGCAGAACUGCUGGUGCGUUGGUACCAGGCGGGAGCCUACCAACCCUUCUUCCGUGGCCAUGCUAACAUGAACACCAAGCGGCGGGAACCCUGGCUUUUUGGGGAGGAAUACACCAAACUUAUCCGAGAAGCCAUCAGAGAACGCUACACCCUCCUACCCUAUUUGUAUUCUCUGUUCUACCAUGCACAUGUGGCUUCUGAACCUGUCAUGAGGCCUCUGUGGAUAGAAUUCCCAGAUGAAUUAGAGACUUUUGGUGUGGAAGAUGAAUACAUGCUGGGAAGUGCUUUAUUGGUUCAUCCAGUCACAGAACCAAAAACCACCAUGGUUGAUGUAUUUCUGCCAAGAUCAAAUGAGAUCUGGUAUCACUCUAAGACAUUUGCUCAUUGGAGAGGAGGAUGUACCAUGAAGAUUCCAGUUGCCUUGAAUACUAUACCAGUAUUUCAACGCGGUGGAAGUGUGGUACCAAUAAAGACAACUAUAGGAAAAUCCACAGGCUGGAUGACUAAUUCCUCAUUUGGACUCCGGGUUGCUGUCAGCACUGAGGGUUCUGCAGUUGGGGAGUUAUAUCUCGACGAUGGCCAUUCAUUUCAGUAUCUCCACCAGAACCAAUUCUUGCACAGAAAAUUUUCAUUCUGUUCCAGUGUUUUGAUCAACAGUUGUGCAGAUGAGAGGGGUCGUUAUCUCAGCAAAUGUGUGGUAGAGCAGAUCUUGUUCUUAGGCCUCAAGAAGAAGCCAUCUUCUGUGACUACCCACUCAUCUGAUGGUAAAGAUCAGCCUGUGGCUUUUAUGUAUUGUGCCAAAACGUCCACCCUGAACCUGGAGAAGCUUUCACUGAAUAUUGGCUGUGACUGGGAGGUCCACAUCAAAUGACAAAGAAGCUCCCCUGGUGUUGCUCAGAAGGAGCUGCCUGCAUCUUUUCAGUUCUUCCCUUGGCCUCUUUUAAGAUUUGUGCUGCAAUCUAAUUGGUUUCCUUAGCUAAAAAUAAUCUUGCAUUAGUCACUUAUAUACUAAUGGACAAUAGAUUUCAUAUUUUAAGAUGAUUAAUGAUUGAGACUCUUUUUACAAAUACGACUCUUCCUACAUACCCACAAAGCCCUGAGACAUUGAUAGAGUUGGUGAAUUUUCCUUGCCUCUUGGACUAUGGCCCUGUGGUAAGCUCUGUGGGCCAGUGAGUGGCCUCUUUUUGAGCAGGACUGGAUGGAUUUUUAGGUAUGCCAAGCCUACCCAAGUGGCCCAUUUAUUGGGCUUGCCUCAGGCCAAUGUGGCAGAUUCACUCUGGCUACAGCAGGGAAGUUGCCCAAUCUCCAAAUGGACAAUAGUGUCUGAUGCCACAGUUAUCAUUUGCCUACAUUGACAUGGUUAAGAUAACCCUCUCUGUGCAUAUUGCAUACCCUACAACAGUGGGGACCUGUUCUGCCCUAGAGAUUUACUCAGGAGCACAAAGGAUUAUUUUCCCUUUCCUGCUUCUCAGGCUCAAAAGUUCUAAAUUAAUCUUCUUAAAAUUUAAAUUAUUUGAUUGUUUUUAUUAAAUACUGUCUACUUGCCUAAGGA